AUGGAGAAGUCCAAGAAUUUCCGGAUCGACGCGCUUCUGGCGGUGGAUCCCCCGAAGGCGGCGGCGGCCUCGGCGGCUCAGACCUCCCCGCUGGCCUUGGUCACCUCGCUUUCCCACCCGGCCCUCUCCUACUCCUACUCCCAGGUCCAGCCUUCGCACCCGGCCGCCGACCCCAUCAAGCUGGGCGCCGGCACCUUCCAGCUCGACCAGUGGCUCCGCGCCUCCACCGCCGGCAUGAUCCUGCCCAAGAUGCCCGACUUCAGCUCCCAAGCGCAGUCCAAUCUCCUGGGCAAAUGCCGACGGCCCCGAACUGCCUUCACCAGCCAGCAGCUGCUGGAACUAGAGCAUCAGUUCAAGCUGAACAAGUAUCUCUCCCGACCAAAGCGAUUUGAGGUGGCCACCUCCCUCAUGCUUACAGAGACCCAGGUGAAGAUCUGGUUCCAGAACCGGCGCAUGAAGUGGAAGCGGAGCAAGAAAGCCAAAGAGCAGGCAGCCCAGGAAGCAGAGAAGCAGAAAGGAGGACAAAGUGUCGGGGAAGACAAAGUGGGCGAUGAGAUGCCGCAGCCAUCUGGGCCCCCCGAGAAAAGCAGCAAUGGGGGUCGCCGCUUGCGGGAGCUGAGGGACAGUGACCCAGAAGAGGAGAUAGAAGACGAGGAGGAGGAUGAUGAUGAAGAUGACGAAGGAGACCGACCUGGACACUGUUGCCCCUAUGGUUCUCCUGACUGCUCUGAUGGGGAGGAGGAAGGGAGGCCGCCUCAUGGCAGGCAUGGGGGGACCCACGCACAACUGCCCUCUGCCCCAGCUCCCUGAAUAUAUAUGGGACCUGGAGAGCAAAUGUUCCCUUCCUUGCUUUAAGUCUUAAAACAAGGACUUGCCUCCACCAUCAAGAAGUUUGCUCCUCAUUAUCUAAAGUCCUCUGUGGACCAAAUGCCACCUGCAGCCACUGCUGUCCCUAUUUCCACCAGCCACAAACUCCAUGACGCAUAACAGAUCUAAACCAACUGACUCUGCUACCUGGCUACCUUCCCAGGUC